AUUUUGUUAUUUCGAUUACAAUAACUAAAAAAAAUGUUUACUUCGGUUGUUGAGCUAACAGACAUUUUAAGUUUUAUUGGUGACUUUAAGCGACCAUUGAUUGAGGGUACUCAAGUAAUGAAUUGUAACCACAUUGUUGAGUUUGGAUGUGUGGAAAAUAAUAACAAAACAUUAAAAAUCGUUGCUAUGUGUCUUAAAACUAGUGAUCUUAGUGGAAAACCUCAUGAGUUAGAAGUCAUUAAAUCUAUUAAUAAUGGAAGUGUAAAAUUGUCAGCAAAAUGUUCUUGCAAAGCAGGUAGUGGAAAAUGCAAACACAUAGUUGGCCUGAUGCUCAAACUUCAAAAAACAUCAAUAGAAGAACUUGAUGAGCGAAGUUGUACAGAUCUUCCUCAACAAUGGGGAAAACUCGGUCAAGCCGCUAGUAAAUAUUUACAUAAGCCAGUUCCUGUUCUAGAGUUUUGUCAUGUAUUUCCAACAACAACAGUAUAUGACAAAUCAUUGCCUAAUGACAUAUCAGAGGAUUUGCAGCAGGAAAUUCGUUCAUACUUUUUACAAAGUUAUUAAUUAUUUUAGGGGUGGGCUUAACCUUUUUUUGAAUCUUUUUUUUUUUUAACUCUUAGA